GGACAAAGCUGGUGUCCUAGGGCGAUGGAAAACUACGUGGCGUCGAUGGUGCUGAGCGCGGUUGGUGACACGCUGGGCUAUUACAACGGGAAAUGGGAGUUCGAGCAGAGCGGCCCAGCCAUCCACAGGGAGCUGGCAGAGAUGGGGGGACUCGGCAACCUCAGCAUCCAAGGUUGGAAGGUCAGCGACGAUACGGUGAUGCACUUGGCCACGGCGGAAGCCCUGGUAGCCGCUGGGAAAACCCCGGAUCUAGCGCAUCUCUAUUCCCUGAUUGCAAAGAACUACAAGGAGUGCAUGAAUGACAUGAAGGAUAGAGCUCCAGGUGUCACGUGUAUGAAAAACGCGCUGAAGCUGGAUCCAGGGCAGCCGGAUGGCUGGAGGAUCCCGUUCAGCCCCCAGGCGGGAGGCUGCGGGGCCGCCAUGCGCUCCAUGUGCAUCGGGCUGCGUUUCCACCACCCUGCUGAUCUGGACACCCUGGUGCAAGUCAGCAUCGAGAGCGGCCGAAUGACCCACCACCAUCCCACCGGCUACUUGGGGUCCCUGGCUUCGUCCCUCUUCGCGGCUUAUGCGGUGAACGGCGUGCCCCCCGCAGCCUGGGGGAAGGGGCUGCUGGAGGUGCUGCCACGGGCCAAAGCCUACGUGCGGGAUGCCGGCUUCUUCGUGGAGGAGAACAUGGGGCAAUGUUGA